AUGGCAGACGUCGCACCGCCGCCAGAACAGCAGGACCAAAAGGUUUCUGGCGCUGCCUCUUCCGACACACCACAGGUCGGCACUCCUCUUGGUCCGCCUCCUGUGCCUCGCUCUGCUACUCCCCAGCCGUCUCAGAAGGUGUCGGAUGUCAUACCAAUUUACCGCGCAUCGAAACGCUUCAGACUUUCGAAGCACGACAGCUCCCACAUUACUUCUCUCGAUUUCGACGACAAAGGAGAAUAUAUAGUAGCUGCCUGCGAGGACGAGACCAUUCAAGUUUUUGACGUUAUCGAAGGCAAGAAUACGAAAGUGGUCCCCAGCAAGAAAUAUGGAGUGCACCUCGCCCGCUUUACCCACCAUUCACGCCAGAUACUCCACGCCAGUACUAAAGUGGACGACUCUCUUCGUCUUCUAGACUUGCAUCAAGAAAGUUACCUUCGAUAUUUCAGCGGACACACGGACAAGGUGACAUCGCUGGCGCUGUCACCCGGUACUGACGCCUUCGUAUCAUGCUCAAAAGACAACUCGAUUUCUCUUUGGGAUUUGAGGUCCCGAAAUGUGCAGGGAAAGCUCCAGCUAGCGACUCCGUAUUUGGUUGCUUUUGACCCCACGGCUUCCGUGAUCGCCAUUGCCUCCCAGUCGACCUCUUCGGUCUUGCUCUACGAUUUCCGUAACUACGACAGAGCCCCCUUUGCCACCUUUGACCUGGUUCCUCAUGAGGAACGAUAUACACCAGCGACUCGGGGAAGAUUGUGGUCGCGUUUAGAGUUUUCCAACGAUGGCAAAAACCUUCUCGUCGGCACCGACUACCACGGCCAUUUUGUUCUAGACGCAUUCGAGGGCACAUUGAAUGCUUUCUUGGGUGGCAGAAAAGGAUCUAGUGGAAGGGCGGCCCCCAUAUCGAGCUCUGGAAAGCCCUUGGGUCAAGGUGAUGCUUGUUUCACCCAAGAUGGCCGAUAUAUCGUAGGAGGGGCUGGUGAACAGACCGAAGUCCACGUAUGGGACACUCACCAGAUUUCAGACACGGGUGCGUAUUUACAGCCCACGAUUAUUUUGCCGUCCAGAGCCCGCACAGCCGUGAUCGAAAUGAAUCCCAGAUACAACAUGCUUGCAACCGCCGACAAAGAUAUUCAAUUCUGGCUACCUGACGAGGGGGUUAAAUCUUCCGACAAAUAA